AUGGAACACGAGGUUUUUGCGCCACAGACAGUGCAGGCUGACGUUUAUUUCUUCCGCAUGGCCUUCCGCAAUUGGAACGAUAAGACCGCCGUCAAUAUCUUGAAGGCACAGAUUCCUGGUCUCCGACCUGGGGUGAAGCUCCUUAUCCAGGAUGCAUGCAUGAGGGAGCCAGGCACUGCUCCGAUAUCUGAAGAGCGGGUUUCAAGAGCGAUCGACAUGAGCCUGAAGACUUUCUUCAACACCCGCGAAAGGCUCGUGACUGAGGACAUUUCGGACAUCCUGGAGGACAAACUGACCUCCCACGCAGUGUCUCAAGACGAGGCUACGAGAUGGGUCCUAGAUAUUGUGGACAAGCCGCGAUGGGAGGAACUGGGACUUAAGACCGAUGCUCAGGUUCGCUGGGUGGACGUAGCGUUUGGCCUCCAGCGCGUGGCCAGGGACGACGACCCCUCUGGCCAGGUGAAUGGCAUUGACAUCUUCCAUGCCAUACCCCUGAAAGCGGUCGCGAGCUCCCGCGAAGUCUGGGUUAACGAGCAUCUAAGCCGUUGGGCUGACUUUUCGCUUGAGUUGCUGAGGUUUCACGCCGUGGACGGCGCGCAUUACACCAUGAUCGGACCUGAACAAGUUGCGAGUUUUGCACAGAUUUUGAUUGGGGCACUGAAAGCGAGAGGAAUAUGA